AUGGCGCCAGCCGAUGCCAAGAAGGCCGAGUCGGGUCCGCCCAAGCUAUCUGAUUACAAGGAGAUCCUCGAUGAGAGCACAUUCGAACAGAUCCUUGAGAUGGAUGAUGACGAGGAAGACCGCGAUUUCAGCAAGAGCAUCGUCUAUGGAUUCUUCGAGCAGGCUGAAAACACCUUCAAGAAAAUGCAGAAGCAACUAGACGAGAAGAACCUUAGCGAACUCUCCGCUCUUGGUCACUUCCUCAAGGGUUCAUCUGCCACACUCGGUCUGGUCAAGGUCAAAGAUGGCUGCGAGAAGAUCCAGCACUUCGGCGCCGGCAAGGACGAGACAGGCAGCAUCGACGAACCGGAUAACGAGGUCUCUCUCAAGGCGAUCAAGAAGACCCUGGACGACGUCAAGACCGCAUACCGCAAGGUCGAGAAGCUCCUGCGCCGAUACUACGGCGAGGAAGUGAAGGACGAAGAAGAAAAGAAGCCCGAAGAGAAUAAGGAGGAGAAGAAGGAGGAAGAGAAGAAGGAACAGAAGAAGGAAGAGAAGAAGGAGGAAAAGCCAAAGGAAGAGCCCAAGAAAGAGACCAAGCAAGCUUCAGCUUCGAAAUAG